AGUAAAACGCGACGGUAGGUUUUUUUUUAUUAUCAGUGAUCAGUGGUGAAAAGCAAAAGCUUCGAGCAAUCGACAAUGGCGUCUCAUCGCUUCACUUUGGUAGCUCUUCUCUUCAUCGAAAUUUUCUCUUCCGCUUCUCAGAUUUACGCAGGGAGCGCGAUCCGUGGAAGGAUCGAGCUUCACUUCUCGCCGUUCGCCUCAGCUCUUGAGACGUUGCAGAAGCAAAUUGGCUACAAUUUCUCCAACACCAAUCUUCUUCGCCGUGCCAUGACUCAUGCUUCCUACUCGGAAGAAAACAACAAAGCUCUGAGCAUCUUGGGAACCCAUAUCAUUGAAACCUCAGUCUCUCUACAUUUCCUCACAAAAGACAUUGAUGUGUCAUCGAAAGAGCUGAACCGUCUGAUAUCAGAGGUUUCAAACGUGAAUUCAUCGUGUGCCCUUGACGGGAAGCGGCUAGGUUUGCAAAAGAUCAUCAGGGUUUCUCACAAGACAGACGCGUCAAACUCUGUCAUCAUCUGUGGCGCCUUUCGGGCAAUCUUUGGAGCUAUUGCUACUGACGCCGAAAUGGUUGAUGAUGCCAUCAAGGUUUUCUGGAAGGUUCAUGGUGGCCAGACUGGGAAAGUAGUUUCCGCGUAAGUUUGAAGCUCUCAUCCUGGAUUUUCGGUUUGUUAAUUUUGCUGAAUGCAUGCAAGAGUGUCUUCUUCUUUAAGGACUAGAUAUCGGUUUGUUGCUAAAAGAAAAACAAAGAGCUUUGUUAAUGUAAAUUAGAAGAUGAUCCACGAUGUUGUUUCCUCGAUUCAAUUUGGUCCUGAGUCCUGAUGCAUGUGUUUUUGCUUGGUUGAUGAUGCGAGUUCAUUUCGUCA